GGGGCCCCCGGGCAAUAGGGGAUCAUGGGGCCCCUGUAUCCUUGCCCAAACUCAAAAAAGCCUAUGAAAAAGUAUUUGUGCAACAUGUAUGGAAGACUAGGUGCACCCUAUAAGCAUUGAACAUCAGUGUACAAUAUGCUAAAUAGGUUGAGGGACUGUGUUUACUAUGUGCAUGUACCAGGGGCGGACUGACAACUCAUGGGGCCCCCGGGCAAUAGGGGAUCAUGGGGCCCCUGUGUCCUUGCCCAAACUCAAAAAAGCCUAAGAAAAAAGGUACCAGGGGCAUCUUGUGGGGCCCCUAAUGACCCCGGGCCCUCGGGCAGUGCCCGUUUCCAAAUGGUCAGUCCGCCCCUG